AUGUUUAAACCUGAGACUACUUCUGAGGCAUUUUUCCUUGCCAGAAUGCAGCAAGCUUCAUUGCACCAAAUGCCUAAACCACUUAAAUCCUUUUUCAAGCCAUUUGUACCCCCUUUAUCCAUUCCACCACCUUCUAGUACUUUUGGAAACUCUAAUGGUUCUUCUUCACAACCUAUUGUGACACAUCCAACCACUCUUACAAAAAAUUCACCUGAUAAAACAUUACCACCAAUCAGACGCCUCACUUAUGCUCAAAUGCAGAAAAGAAAAGAUAAGGGCUUAUGUUAUAAUUGCGAUGAAUUUUAUAGGCAUGACCAUAAAUGUAAAACUCAACAUCUUUUCAUGCUUAUCACUGAUGAGGAUAUGGAAGAGUCAGAUCCAAUUUCACCUGCAGUCCACCAAGUUGAUUCUCCUCCUCCUAGUGACUCCACUAUGGAGAUAUCAUUGCAUGCCUUGACAGGGAAUGUAGUUCAUGAUACUAUACGCAUUGCUGGUCACUUGCAUAAGAAACCUAUUAUGAUUCUCAUCGACACAGGGAGCACACAUUCUUUCAUUGAUUUUAAACUUACAGAGCAGCUGGGUAUUCAUGCUUCUCCCAGAUGCCAUAUGACAGUCACAGUAGCUAAUGGAGACAGCACCAUCAUCCACGACAUCUGUAACACACUUGGUUUGGAAAUGAAGGCCAACCAUUUUUCAUUUGAUUUAAGGGUCCUUCCUUUGGGUGGUUAUGAUAUGGUGUUAGAAGAUGAUUGUGCUUCUGCUUUUAAGAAAUUUGUUAAGAGUAAAGUUCCUACAUUGUUGGGUCAAUUCUUUGUUAUCUCCACAUCACCUCCUCCAACUACACCACCCUUUCUCACUCCCCUAGUGGACUCUUACUCUGACAUUUUUGCUGAACCCUCUCAACUUCCACUACACAGAGCUUUAGACCAUAAAAUUCCUCUUAAACCACAUUCUAGCCCCACUUAUCAAAGACCUUAUAGAUUUCCAUAUAUCCAAAAGUCUGUAUUGGAAAACAUGGUUCAAGAAAUGCUGAAUUCAGGACUUAUCCAAAAAAGCAACAGCCCUUUUACUUCUCCAAUUCUCCUUGUCAAAAAGAAAGAUGGCACUUGGUGGUUUUGUGUAGAUUAUAGGAAAUUAAAUGACAUGACUAUUCGAUUAUUUGGCCCAGACAUGUAUAAAACAGCAUUCAAAACUCAUCAUGGACAUUAUGAGUUUAGAUUUAUGCCAUUUGGUCUUACUAAUGCUCCAUCCACCUUUCAAGCCCUCAUGAAUGAUAUCUUUCAACCAUUUUUAAGCAAAUUUGUGCUGGGAGUUGCUGCAGACCCUGAAAAAAUAGAAGCAAUGCAAACUUGGCAUCCACUACCUUCUACAUUGAAGCAGUUGAGAGGGAUCGUGGGUUUAACAGACUAUUAUAGAAUAUUUAUUCAAGGAUAUGGUACUAUUCCCAAGCCCCUCACUGACAUGCUCAAAAAAGAUGCUUUUCAUUGGACUGCAGAUGCUCAUACAGCCUUCACUGAACUUAAAGUCGCAAUGACAAGAGCUUCAGUUUUGGCUUUACCUGACUUCUCCAAGCAAUUCCCCUUAGAGACUGAUGCAUGUGCUAGAGGAGCGGGAGCCAUUUUGAUGCAGUAA